ACCGCCCCUGUUGCUUCUCCUCUUUCCCAGACUCUUCUGUUCUCUGCGCGUAGCUGAAGCACAGAAGGCCCCAGGAUGGAUUUCCAGCAUCGCCCUGGAGGUAAAACUGGAAGCGGAGGCGUGGCCUCUGCCUCCGAGAGCAACCGGGACCGCAGGGAGAGGCUGAGGCAGCUGGCCCUGGAAACCAUCGACAUCAACAAGGACCCUUACUUCAUGAAAAACCACCUGGGCUCCUAUGAGUGCAAGCUCUGCCUGACCCUGCACAACAAUGAGGGCAGUUACUUAGCUCAUACCCAGGGCAAGAAGCACCAAACCAACCUGGCCCGGAGAGCUGCCAAGGAGGCCAAGGAGGCUCCUGCCCAGCCUGCCCCCGAGAAGGUCAAGGUGGAGGUGAAGAAGUUUGUGAAGAUUGGCCGCCCAGGCUACAAGGUGACCAAACAGAGAGAUCCUGAGACAGGCCAGCAGAGCCUCCUCUUCCAGAUUGACUACCCAGAGAUAGCAGAGAGCAUCAUGCCCAGGCACCGCUUCAUGUCUGCCUACGAGCAGCGCAUCGAGCCGCCGGACCGGCGCUGGCAGUACCUGCUGAUGGCAGCUGAGCCCUACGAGACCAUCGCCUUCAAGGUGCCCAGCAGGGAGAUCGACAAAGCAGAAGGCAAGUUUUGGACCCACUGGAACAGGGAAACCAAACAGUUCUUCCUGCAGUUCCACUUCAAGAUGGAGAAGCCUCCGGCGCCGCCGAACCUGCCGCCGGGGCCGCCCGCGGUCAAGCGCCCUCCGCCGCCGCCGCUGCUCAACGGCCUGCCGCCGCGGCCGCCGCUGCCGGACUCCCUGCCGCCGCCUCCCCCCGGAGGCAUGGCCCUGCCUCCUAUGCCUCCCUCGGGCCCGGUGCCGCCGCCCCCGGUGCCGCCCCAGCUGCCGCCGGCCCCCGGCGUGCCGCCGCCCGCGCCGCUGCCGCCCAUGCUGAGGCCUCCGCUGCCCGCGGAGGGCCCGGGCACCAUCCCCCCUCCUCCUCCCUCCAACUGAAGCCCCUCCUGGACUUGCUCC